GAAAGCAUCCUAUUGACCCAGGAAAAGAAUUAGAAAAAUUAAGAAAAGAAAAGAAAAACAAUUUCAAGAAUUUUGAGGAAGGAGAGAGGGUUUAAGGGUUUAAGAGUCGACCAUGGGUGGCCUUUUGUCCACACCUUCAACAAACCCUAGUGAUUCCCAAAGUCAACACACCACAGCCAUGUCUUCAUCCAAAUCUUCACCAAAACAAGCAGAGAAAGAAACCCCCGAAUCCAAAACCCUAGAACCCCAAACCCCAGUAGAACAAGUCUCAAAUCCACCAAUGGACGAUCCCAAAACCCUAGAAGACCAGGCACCGAUCAAUACAGAACAAGGAGAUCAAGAAGAGGAAGAGGAAGGAGAGGAGGAGGGAGAGUGCGGGUUUUGCCUGUUCAUGAAAGGAGGCGGGUGCAGAGACAACUUCAUUGCUUGGGAAAAGUGCAUCGAAGAGGCUGAGAAGAAGAAGGAAGACAUUGUCGACAAGUGUUUCGAGGUCACAGGGGCUUUGAAGAAGUGUAUGGAGGCUCAUCCUGAUUAUUAUGCUCCGAUCUUGAGGGCCGAGAAGGCGGCGGAGGAAGAAGCAGUGAGGGAAUUGGAGAAAGAGAAAGCGAAAGAAUCGGCUUCGGCAUUGUCGUCCUCGGCUGGUUCAGAAGAGCGAUCGAGUUCACGGGAAGAGGAGGGAGGAAUCGAAAGUUUCAGAGAAUAAAUGAGGGUUCUUGAUUUGGGGGUAAUUGUUUGUUUUUCUUUAUAUGAUGAUGAUGAUUUAUGGCUGGCUCUGGAGGGAAAAGUACAGAGCUUUUUGGUAGGAAUGGUGCAAAAUUGAAGGAAAUUUUUUUAGGUAAUUAUGGAAAAAUGAAAUCUGAUGAUAUUUUUGAUAUAUUUAGAAUAAGUUGAAUGAUAUAACUUGAAUAUAUUUAUUCACAUUGAUUUUUCU